AUGUCUUCGACUGGACAAUGCUUCGAUAUCGGUAGUGCUACCAGUCAAUCGUUACGGGAAUUUGAACGUCGUCAACAAUUAUUUGCUACUAAAUAUCAAAUUUCCCUUGAUCAAUUAGAUUAUCUUUCAGACCCGGAUCUUCUUAUGGAAUUCGAUGUAAAAUGCAGUGAAAUUGGUGUAGCUGGUAACGGAGCACUUAUGCGGCUGGCUCCCGUACCUCUCUUCUUCUACCGACAUCCAAUUGACGCCGUCGAGCUUUCUGGAAUUAGUGCUGUCAUUACUCAUGGUGAUGCGAAAGCUUAUGAUGCUUGUCGCUAUUAUGGCGCUUUGAUAGUGGCUACUCUACGAGGUGAAACAAAAGCGGAAUUGUUGGAUGACAAUUUUUAUUUAAACCAUGAAUCAUGGUUCAACAACAAACCUCUUACUCAAGAGGUCAUGGAUGUUGCACGAGGAUCAUACAAGAAAGCUGGCGGAUAUCGUGAUGGUAUUCGUGGCAAAGGAUAUAUUGUUAGCGCUCUCGAAGCUGCCUUAUGGGCCUUUCAUUACGAUGAAAAUUCAUUUGAAAAGGGUGUUCUAGACGCAGUCAAUCUUGGAGACGAUACUGACACAACUGCUGCUAUUUAUGGCCAAUUGGCUGGCACUUACUACGGUUACAACAAGUUACCUGAAAAAUGGAUUCAACAGAUCUAUGCACGCAAUUUUAUUACAUGUGUAUGCAAGUGGAUCGUUUAUGAAGGAGAGAUAUGGCAGCCAAAGGUUGUUAUUUUGAGAAGAUCAACAUCGAACUCUCACUCUCAUUCAAAUAUUCCUUCACAAUCUGAAAUACAUGCAGCUAAACUUUUGAUUGUUGAAGGUCGUGAAAAAUUAACAUCAGCUAAUGAACAACAGCAACAACUUACAAAUGAGCUCGAUAAACUUCGAUUAAAAAGAAAAGAUGCUUUUCUUCAUGAACAAUUAAUCAACAAGAAGCUGAAAUCCAUCCAACGAAAUCAACAUAAUAUAAUAAACUUGAUAGAUAAUACUUAA